UGCGAUCUAUAGUAUGGCUUUUCACGAGUUUUCAGCCUGAAGACAAACGAAAUGCAACUAAUCUGCUCACGAGUCUUUGGGUGCCAGAUCUUCAUCUCAGGCGACUUAUCUUUCUUUUUCUACAUGUACUUAAGCCCGGUGACCAUGGCAGUAUCAAACGGCUCACUGACUCUUGCCUGAGCUGCCGAAAUAGACCACAAACAAAUGCAAACUCAAGUGGCUACACUGUCAUUGACAAUACCUCAAGUGCUUCCCUCCCACACACACAGGACUCGGAUAUGCCACGCUCUGCGCUGGCCCACCACUUCAUCACUUAUUGGAGAUUCGCGUCUGGCUGCAAAGCGCACCCCUUUGCGCAAACAUUUCUUCGACCUGGGCUUGUCUCCGAGACCUACCAAAGAAGCGGAUGCCUAUUCGAUUAGUAGCGAGAGUCGUAUAAACAAGUGCACCAUCACCUACAAGUAACUUGAAGCUGUGGCGAUGCUAGUCAUCCAUCCUGCUACAACGACACAUGCUCGCUCAACUGAACGAGGAGGAGCAGAAAGAUUCCGGUGCUGUGACUCCCGACCUAAUUCGGGUUUCUGUCGGCAUUGAAGCUAUUUCAGAUAUCAUUGCUGAUUUCCAGGCAGCGCUAGAAACUGUCAAAGACACUUUAUGGGAUGACGGACGAUAUCUAAACGGUAGAGCAUAUACCAAUGAGAUAAUCCUGAUACCCAGAAUCCUGCAGAUGAGCCAGUGUAGAGCUUAG